AUGCCGUUUGUUCAGAUGUCAUCGUCGUCAAGCGUAUAUUACCGCACCUUCCCGGAGGAAGCUCCUGCAGAUCUGAGAGGGCGCCCGCGUGUGAUUCUGCUGAUGGGUCUUGGGGGGACUCACACUCUGUGGAAACCUCAGAUUGGCCAUCUCCAGAAAUUUUGCCAUGUCUGUGCCAUGGACAAUCGUGGUGCGGGCUAUUCCAGCAACCCUAAGGGGGAGCGGUGGACAACACAGCGAAUGGCACAAGAUGCUGUAGCAGUGCUGGAUGAUUUGGGAUGGCAGGGUCACGUGCAUGUCGUGGGCAUCAGCAUGGGUGGAAUGAUUGCGCAGGAACUUGCAAUUGCCGUGCCCGAGCGCGUAGCCUCGCUGAGCUUGAUUGCCACCUACGCCUCUGUGUUCUGGGCCAUGCCCACAACUGGCGCCCUCAUCGACUUUGCUCGGUCGACAGGGCUGCUCACCAGGAAUCUCAAGGAGAUGGGCCGGGCGUCCAUGCGAUUGAAUUUUCCAGAUGCGUGGCUCAGCCAGACGAAGACUUCCGAGCUUCAUGGUGGUGCGGUCGUUGAGAACCAACGUUGGAUGAACAAAGCCUUCAUACUAAUGAGCUUGGAAGUUCCACCAGAGCUGAAGCAAAGGGGCAAGGGACCACCAGGGCGCGUCCAUCCCAAGUCGAUGUUCAAACAAGCUCUGGCAGUUCUGACACACAAUGUUAGUAAGGCUCGCUGCAAGCAGCUGCGACAACUUGGCGUCCCCAUUCUCGUCGUAACAGGAACCGAAGACUGCCUAGUGCGGCCAAUGAACUCCGAUAUCAUAGCGGACCACUUCGAGACGAAAGUGCAUGCCAUAAAACAUGCAGGUCACGGCGUCAUUUUUCAGGAAGCCGACAACGUCAACGACUUGCUCGAGACCCACAUUCGAGCAGGAGAAGCAUACUUGAGCGUUGCCAGACGAUCGAGACUCUGA